UCAGCCUCAACACACCUCGGAGGACGGGUAAACAAGUGUAGGAGGGCAAACAAUUAUAUAAAGGAAAAGUUUUGGGGAGACAGACAUAAUUUGGCCUCACUUCUUUCCAGAGGGUCUUCUUUUGUCAAAACACAAGGGGGGACUAUGGAAUGGAUAUUAUAACAAAAAAAAGUUUCCGGGACGGUGGGGAAGUUACAGGAAGAAACUAUACUGAAACAGUGACAAGCUCAUCAAGACUCGUAUCAUUACCACCAAAAGGAACAAACACUAGUGGUUCCAAAAUUUCAUACCAGGUUGGUGGGGGUGGUAUGGAAAAGAAGAGUCUGGUACAAAGCAGCAGUAGUUAUAUCACAUCAGCCUCAGGCGGCGGCAGCUCAAGAGCAAAUAUCAGCGCAUCUGGAUCUAGAUACAAUCAGUCCGCCGGUUCUACUCUAUCAGUAUCUCCAAACUCUACCUUUGACAGGAAAGGUUUCGUCUCCAGUUCUCGCCAGGCGGGUUAUGAAGGAAGUUCCAGUGGGAAUUCUUCACCGGAAUACAGCAGAAAAGAAAUGGCAUCUUCUUCAAGUAGGGGUCGCACUCAGAGCAGAGAAACUGAAAUCCGCACUCGUCUCCAGAGCGCAUCGCCUUCCACAAGAUGGACAGAACUUGAUGAUGUGAAGAAAUUGCUAAAAGGAGGCCGUUCCACCAGUGUCAGCCCCAGCAGAUCCCCAACAAACACCCUUCCCAUUCCCAAAAAGCCUGUACUGGAAACAAAGAUGGUGACAGAGAGCUCACAAUCAGUUUCAGGAUCAUAUGACACAACUAUACUAGAUUCCGCACUCCCAUCGUACAUGUGGACCUCCACACUUCCCGCAGGAUCCUCCAUGGCUGGCUACCACAACAACAUGGGUGGAAUGGGUUACGGUUCAUCUAUGAUGAAUGCCCAUUCUUCAGGAUCAGUAUUCGGAAUCCCAAACAAUCUGGCCCCCAGUUCUCCUACACUUCAUCCAGGGCUUAACACUUCCUCUGCAGUAUUUGGUAUGCAAAAUAAUUUGGCUCCAUUACAAACGCAAGGUAUGCUAUCAGCUCAGGCGCCUGCUCUCAACAGUGCUGCUCUAUCAGCAGGCUCCGCAGGAUAUGGAGUACAGAAAAAUGUCACCCACAGCACGCAGAGCUCAGGCGGUGGUGGCGUUGGUGGUGGAGGUGGAGGUGGUGGCAGUGGCGGUGGCAUUGUUGGUGGUAGCAGCACCGUCACUUCAUCAACUGUUACCAGCACUAAAGCUCAAGCUGAAGAAAUUCUCAGCAAAGACUACAAGUUCCUCCUGCUGGAGAAGGAAAAGGCCCCAGCUAAGAAGGAUGGAGACAUGCUGAUAAUGUCAAAGGACACUGGCAAGGUCUUCACAGCUUCCAGCAUUGGCAGUUCAGGUUCAUAUGGUGAUGAAGUUCUGAAGAAAGAGAAACAAUACACUAGCAGUGGGGAAGCUGUAUACAAAGGAGAAGCUAAUGGUGGCGUCAGGGUAACCAAAGAGAAAUCCACAUAUGCAGAGAUUCAUCGUACUGAUGGCUUGAAAGCUGGUGCUGAUCAAUAUGUGGAAAGGAGGGAAGGUGGUACAGAUGCUGUCUGUGGUCCAUGUGGCACCUGCUGCAAGUGGUGGAUGUGGCUGCUGGGUCUGAUCCUGGGUCUACUGUUCCUUCUGGGACUGCUCUUCGGGCUCAUAUCUCUAUGGCAAGAUGUGAAGAAUUUGAAGGAACGUGUAGACAAUAUGGAAGGCAGGGCGGUAAUGGGUCGCUUGGAGGCUGGUCCUGUGCGUGCAUCAGAAGUAAACUUGGCCAGCUCGUUACCUGGUGCAGCCACUCUGAAUGUUCAGGACAGGGACUCCAUUUGGCUAUAUGUGCGGGAGAAGAUGUUAUCAGAGAAAGCUGGAACGUUUGCUGGGGUAAAGGGUGAACCAGGACCGAAAGGUGAUGUGGGAACACCAGGCGAUAAAGGUGACAGAGGAUUCCCAGGCACUCAAGGAGCUCCAGGUCUCAUUGGUCACCCUGGUGCAGAAGGGCCAAAAGGACAAAAAGGCAAUUCAGGUGACCUUGGUGGGGAAGGGCAGGCUGGGCAAAGAGGACGAGAUGGCUUACCUGGACCUCGCGGCGAACCUGGUCCAGCAGGAGUUGGAGAAAAGGGAGACAGAGGUAUGCCAGGAGAUCCAGGUGUGCCAGGACUAUCAGGCUUGCCAGGACAAAUGGGACUUAAAGGUGAUCUGGGUCCUCAAGGUCCACAGGGUCUUGCAGGUAUUCCAGGUCAGCAGGGUUACAGAGGGAACGAUGGACUGCCAGGACCUAAAGGUGACAAAGGACUGGCUGGACCAGCUGGAAUUAAAGGUGACACAGGUGAAAAGGGAUCUCGAGGUCUUACAGGAGAACCAGGGCCAAGGGGAUUACCAGGACCCUCUGGAGAGGCCGGAGCUAAAGGAUCAGCAGGACCACCCGGACCAGAUGGCCAUCAAGGACCAAGAGGUGAACAAGGGUCUUUGGGACUGCCAGGACCAAGAGGGCCUCCAGGCACAUCAGGAGACCCCGGCCUAUCAGGACUUCCCGGUGCACAGGGUCCGCCAGGACCACCUGGCACCCCAGGCCGAGCAGGAGCUAAAGGUGAUACUGGAGAUCCAGGAAGAGUGAGUACAGACGGUAGUUCUUAUGUUGUCCCAGGACCACCAGGACCCCCCGGCGCUCUGGGGCCACCAGGCACGCCAGGACUCCCAGGUCCAAUUGGUCCAUCUGGUCUUCCAGGACAGCCAGGUGCAAAGGGGGCCCGUGGAGAGCCCGGAGAUCCAGGGAUUACAUACUCAAGGCCAGAAAAUACAUUUGCAGCACAGGCAAUGCAGGGAGCUCCAGGACCACCAGGACCACCCGGGGCCGCUAUUCAAGGUCCACCAGGACAAGCAGGAUCUCAAGGUCUUCCAGGUCCUCCAGGUUCGGCGGGUCAAGCGGGUGCAGUGGGUCCAGCGGGUGCGGUGGGUCCAGCAGGUCCAGCAGGCCCAGCAGGUCCAGCAGGACCAGCAGGACCACCAGGAGAAGCUAAACAAGGACCACCAGGCCCACCAGGACCCGCAGGUCUUCCAGGAACUUCUCCGGCAGCAGCAGAAGCUGUUGCUUCUGCCGGUCCACCCGGCCCUCCAGGUACACCAGGAACUAAAGGAGACCCAGGUGAUCCAGGACAGAGAGGCAUUCCAGGACAAUCAGGACAACCAGGCGAUCCAGGACAGCCAGGAUUACCUGGACCACCAGGCCGUGAUGCUGUUGGACCCUCCGGACCUCCAGGCAGCCCAGGAUCACCGGGAUCACCAGGAUCACCUGGAAGUCCUGGCUCCCCUGGAUCACCAGGAGAAAGAGGUGAAGCUGGAAUUCCAGGCGCUCCCGGCAUACCAGGCAGUUCCAGAAGCCCACCUGGUGGUAGACCUGGACAAGGUUCUCCAGGUCCUCCUGGUCCUUCUGGUCCACCCGGUCCUCCUGGUCCUCCUGGUGAACCCGGCAGCGCUGGUCGUGCAGCAGAAGAAGUCCAACAGUACAUUGCUCAAUACCUCCAAAGUGAAAAUGUCAGAAAUUACCUGGUUGGGCCCCAAGGACCACCAGGUCCACCAGGAAAUAGUGGACAGGAAGUCGAUUAUGCAGAAGUGGCCAGCCGAGUUAUGAGCUACUUAAGAGGUUCUGGGUUAACUUCAACAGAUGUUGGCGCCGGUGUAAUUUCAGGACCAGCUGUUACUUAUGAAGAAAUCUUAUCAAUGUUCCAAAAUUCUGGGCUAUCAAUUGGCCAACCAGGACCACCUGGUCCACCGGGGCUGCCAGGGUUACCAGCAUCUGCCUACGGCGACAUAGCAGCUUUACUUCAAACAUCUGAAUUCCAAGGUGUUGUUGGCCCACCAGGACCACCAGGUCAAAAUGGACGUCCAGGUCGCACUGGCCCCCCUGGUCCCAUGGGGCCACCAGGAAAUCCAGGCACAAGUAUGACUUCCUACAACAUAGAAGAUAUAUCGACCUACCUGCAAGGCUUUGGAUAUAACUCAGGACCUCCAGGACCACCAGGACCCCCGGGACCACCAGGAACACCUGGCCUUGGAGGUAGCGGCCUGGUCUCUUAUGCUGAGGAUAACAGGAGUGAUCGAUUACGGACUGAACUUAUUGACUAUCUGACAAGUGACAACAUUCGUCAAUAUAUCUCUGGACCACCAGGUCCACCCGGACCUCCUGGCCUUCAAGGUCUACGAGGUCCUAAGGGUGACAGUGGUGCAAUUUCAUCAUCAUCUUUAUCAUCAGGGUCGUCACAUUCUUCAUCCUCCUCCUCAUCUUUCUCCAUUGAUUACAAUGAAGUUGCAUCUCGCGUGACAGAAAGAAUCCAGAGUCAGGGGCUCCUUGGAGAUAUCACUUACAACAUGCGAACAUCGGGUACUCCUGGUCCCCAGGGACCACCAGGACCACCCGGAAUCUGUCAAGUAUAUGCAACCCAUGCUAACAUCACAACUGAUCUCAUGGAGCUAUUUAGAGCUCAUGGAACAGUUGCUGGACCCCCAGGUUUAUCAGGACAGAGAGGAGAAAGAGGAUACCCAGGUGCCAAAGGUGACAAAGGAGAGCCAGGGUAUACUGGACCACCAGGACCAAGAGGUCAUAAAGGAGACAAAGGAGAACAAAUCAUUGUGGGAAAACGGAAGAGAAGAAGCUUAGGCGUGUGACGGGAUUGGCUGAGCAAGUGAUUGGCCAGAUCACUUUGCUUGACAUGUUAAUGAAUUAUUAGCGUGAGCUGAGAGUAUUUCCAUUCUGUUCCUUUACAGCUGUAAAUAUCAGGACACCGUGCCGCUCAGUGAGCACAUAUCCAAGCAGCAACGAGAACUUAUAUUUAUCUGAAAUUGUCCACAUCACAGCAUCCAUUAAUCAAAAAUCUCUCAUGUGACUUUGGAGGAAAUGAAAAGAUAUAAAUAUGUUUAUUGUCAUCUUCAUUUGCAAUGUUCUUUGAUCUGUUAAUGCCAGAAUAAUUUUGUGAUCCAUGGGGCAUUAAAAUUCCUUUGCCUAAGCAGCGGCUUGCCAUGCUCAGCUUGGCAAAAAUGUCACUUCCCAUUCAAAGGGGGUUAUGUGUCAACAAUGUGGAACUGUAAAUACAAUUGUCAAUGCACUGUGAUUUACGGCAGUGACGUCUAAUGAUUUAUAUACCCUGGUAUUGAAAGCUGCAUCUAUCUUGCUAGCUUGUUUUCUAUAGUAUAUAAUGCAAACCUGGAGUUAAAUGGAUACGAAAAAAACAAAAGUAUUAAAAGCCAACCUCCCCCCCCCCCCCCCCAUUAUUAUAUAAAAUGUGAUGUAUGUACAUAAAAUAAAUACAAUUGUAAAUGCACUGUGACUUACGGCAGUGACGUCUAAUGAUUUAUAUACCCUGGUAUUGAAAUCUGCAUCUAUCUUGCUAGCUUGUUUUCUAUAGUAUAUAAUGCAAACCUGGAGUUAAAUGGAUACGAGAAAAACAAAAGUAUUAAAAGCCAACCUCCCCCCCCCCCCCUCCCCCCAUUAUUAUUAUAUAAAAUGUGAUGUAUGUACAUAAAACAAGCAUUGGUUACAAGUAGCUCUUCAGCCCUUAUUAAACUACAAUUCCCAUCGAGACAGGUUGGGGACUGUGGAAACAACAACUAAAGAGCUUUAAACUGUCUUAUGCCAAUGAUCUGGGUAACUGGAGUGAUAAAUAUACACAUAAGAUACAUUUAUUUUCAUCUUAUGUUUUUUUUUUUCAAUUUAUAUUUCUUUACAUUAGUUGUAAUUGUCUAAAUUUGUUUUUAUUGAAUUUGUAUAUUUUAAAGAUCUUUUUUUUACAAUAACUUCUUCAUGUCUACAGACUUCCUUUAUUUCAGAAAUGUUUUUUAUUUUUUUAAAUUUAGUAAUUUAGUACAUUUCUCGAGAGCCGACGGGGCUGUGUUUUAGUAGAAAGUUUAUCAAAUCCAUGAGAGAACACUUAGAACAAGCAAAUAAUAUGCAGGCACUAAUGUGUGCAUGGAGGAACUUGUGUCUUUUUUUUAUAGAUCACCUAGAUCACCUGUUAAUCAAUUUAUAACAGGGGAGCAACUCUCCAAUUAGUAUGGUGCCAAUGGAUUACAACAGUCUUCAAAUUUGAUCCUCAAGGCACCUUCCAGUCAUUUUUUAAGGAUAUCCAUGCUUGUGCACAGAUGAUAUAACAAAACUAGUUGAAGUACUACUUAAAUUACAUGUGCUUAAAUCUGGAUAUCCUUAAAACCUGGAAUUUUAGGGUGCCUUGAGUACCAAGUUUGGGAACCACUAGAAUACAAGAUUACAAACUAGUAAAACUUUAUUAAGACUAAGAGAUUAUUCUCUUUAAUUCUAUAUUUAUAUAUGGUAUCACUAGAUUAAUAACAAGAUUUCUUUGAUUGAUAUUCAUUUAUUAUCCCUACCCCUAACACUGUGUUAGAAUACGUAAUAAGAUAACAUACUGAUAAAUAUUUCCUUUUCUGGGUCCAACUAUUGUUACUUUUCGCUGCUAUGUGUAAUGACUCUCAUCCAUUCUUUAUGGUAGGUGUUCCCAACCAUGUUCCUCAAGGUUUACUAACAGUCCAGGUUUUAAGAAUAGCCAUACUCGAGCACAGGUGGCUUAAUUAGUACCUCAGUUAUUUUGAUUUCAUUUAACCAUCUGUGCUCAAACAUGGAUAUCACUAGCUAAUGUACCUUAAGCAUACCUCCCAACAUGACCCUCUCCAGGAGGGACAGAAUGCUCUGCUCCUGGUCUUCCCUCUUACUGUAUGAUUGCCAUCACCUGUGCUGAAACACCUUUCUUAUCCAUUAACCUGUUCAACACAGGUG